GGUAAACGAGAAAAGAAGCAGAAGAAGUUGCGUUGCGUUGCGCUUGCGCAAGUAGAAGUGCAUUACAGGUACACCAAACAGUUUUUAGACUUUUAUCGAAGUUAUGUCCCUCGUUGGCGUUGCGAUCGGUCAGGUCGGUGCGACCGAGACGCCGGACCUCUCCCGUGCUGACUACCCGGCCAAUCGCAGCCGCCGUGGCAGCAUCUCAAGCUCCCGCUUCAGCAGCCGUCUGAGCCGGUGCUCCAGUGUGCGGGACGAGGUGCAGUCCCUCGACGAGUUUCUGCGCAAGCAACGCGUCAUUCGCUACAUGCAGGAGGAGCGCGAACGCGGCAAUCGGUCGAAGCUGCUGCGGGAGGAGCACGACGCCUGGGUGGAGUUCCGUGACCAGGAGCGGACGGAGCGCCUGAAGUACAUGACGGAGCAGGAGAUCGUGGAGCUGCUGCAGCGCGAGGCGGACGAGGUGUCGCGCGAGAAGAAGACAACUGAGCAGUCGCACCUGCGCGCCAGCGAAGACGCGCAGCGCCGCCGCCAGAGUGUGAUCGAGAUGCGCCGCCAGCAGGAGGACACGGUACUCGCCCGCCGCAAGAGUGAGGUGCAGGCCGAUGAAGCACGCCGCGCCGCGGAGCGUGAGUCUGCUGCGAAGGAGGAGGCCGUGGCGGAGGCGGAGCGGGUGCAGCUUGCCUCGAAGGAGCUGCGUGACUGCAAGGAGGAGCUGACGGCCAAGUGCAAGCAGCUGGAGGGCGAACUCGCAGAGGCGAAGGCGGCCACGACGCAAGCGCAGCGCUCGCAGAAACGCGCUGAGGAAAACCUCGCAAAGGAGCAGGCGAAGGCGGAGAAGAUGAGAGCCACAAAGGCGGCCAACCAGCAGACGAACGACAAACUGGCGAAAGAACUGGAGGAGGUGCGGAUGCAGCACGCAGCGGUUGAGGCGGAGAAGAAGAAGGGGGACGUCGCAAUGGCGCAGGCCCUCCGCGAUGUGGCGCGAAAGGAGAAGGAGUUGGAGGACUUGAAGAGGCACAACGAGGAACUGCUUGCAGUGCAGGAGGCGCAGAAGGCCGCCACGGAGGCGAAGCUGCGCGCCGCCCCAUCGCGCGACGAGUUGUCCGCGUUGAAAGAGGCGCUAGCGAAGGAGAAGGCGGCACGAAGCGAAGCGGAGUCGGAGGCGGCGCAGGUGCGUGCGCAGGUAGAGGCAUUGCAGCAGCAAGUUGCGGCGGCGAAUACGCCGGAUCCGCAGCAGGAGACGGAGAACGCCCGCAAGAUGAAAGCUGUAGCCGACGACGCCCGCAACGCGCAGGUGGAGCUGCGAAAGGAACGUCAGGCACGUGAGAGGGCCGAGGCCGACGCCGCCGAGGCGAAAGUGGCGCUGGCGCAGGAGCAGGCUGCUCGCGAGAGGGCGGAGAAGGAGGCCCAGAGGGCGCUCGCUGUCCCCGUGCAAACGCCGGCGCCGGCGAAAAAGGCGGAGGCGGACCGCAAGAAACUCGCAGAGGCGGAGAGGAAGUUGGAGGAGAUGCGCGGGGCCAAGGCCCGGGACGAAGAAGAGCUGAACGCCGUGAAGAGUGCGCUCGUGAAGGCUCAUGAAGAUUUGGAGAAGGAGGCCGCCGCGCGGUCCCAAUUUGAGCAGCUCGCUUCUCAGGCAGUAGCCGCUGAGGAUCGCGUGCCGAAGGAAGAGCUGUAUGAAACGCGGAAGAAACUGCUGAAGGCGCAGAAGGAGCGCGACGCGGCACGCAAGGAUGCGACAAGUGCGCAGCAGAACUCGGAAAGGGAACUCGGUGCGUUGAAGGCGUGGUGCGAGCGCCUGCAGGAGCAACUGCGCCAACAGCAGCAACAGCAGGCAAUCCAAACGGACGAUGAGUUCACGCCGCGCACCUCUACACCCACGCCCCAUUCUCGCACCCCGCGCGCUGUGCGGAAACUCCCGCCCAAGGACUUUGCAACGGCCCAGCGCCAAGACGAGGAAAAGGCCGCCAACGAGCAGCGCAUUCGCGAGCUGGAGGCGCAAGUGGCAGGUCUGCAGGACGACCUCAAGGAGAGCCAGGAGCAGGAGGAGAAGGCGCUCGCGGUGGCGGCGAGCGCCAUUAAGGCCGCACAGGCCCCCACCCCCAUGACGCAUCCCAGCUCGAGCAACGCGUCCCCUUCGCGGGCCCAGCGCGGUGCACCGACGAAAGAGCAGAGGGCGCGGGGGAAGGCCGCGAAGGACAAGGGGGACACCGCCGAGAAGGAGAACGCAGAGGUGCGCAGCAAGUACGACGAUCUGCUCAAGUUGCAGAAGCAGUCCGACGCGGCCCUCAAGAGCGCGGAGAAGCAGGUGGAGGAGCAGCACAAACGCAUCGCGCAGCUGGAGGCGGAACUGCAGGAGAAGGCCGCGCGCUCUCCUUCACCCAGGCAGGCGGUUUUAGAGACGCACCAAACGGAACCGAUUGCGGUUGCGGCAGCUUCUGCCAGCGACACCAGCGCUUUGGAGGAGCGCAUCAAGGAGCUGGAACGCUCGCUGAAGGAUGAGCGCGCGGCUCGUGUGGCUGCGGAGAAACAAAUCGAGGAGCUCAAGAAGCGCGCAGCGGCCGCUGAGGCGGAGGCCAAGAAGGCGAAGGAGGCCGUAGUCAAGGCAGAGGAGAAGUACGGCGCCUCGGGUGCUGGUGCAGAGAGCAAGCCAAAGAAGGCAAAGAGCAGCUGCUGCUGA